AUGAACAGAUAAUCUGGAAGAAUUGUGCUAUUUAGCUAGGUCCUUUUAUGUAUAAUUAAGAGUAUUCAUUUACUCUUUGCUCAAAUUAUACGCUUCUAUCCUUCUACGACCCCGGCUAAGUUUUUCAUCUUAAAUCAAAUCGUGGCAAAAAUUCUCUUUCCAAAAUUCUCUUUCAAACUUAAAAAAAUAUAUUUUAGGAGGCAAUAAAUAUAUAAAAAGUAUUUUUUAAAAUAAAAAAUAGGAGGCACAACCAUUUUAAUAUAUUAACUUAAUAAAAAAUAGCUUUAAAUUUACAACAAAUUUUUAAAAAGAUAAAAAUUAACUCAUAAAAAUAAUAAAAAAACUAAAAAAAUUGAAUAAAACAAUUCAGAUAAAUAAAAGACCUUAAAAAAAGGCAAUUAAGCAAAAAAAACACAAACCAACAAAGAAAAAAGAAAUAAAUAAACAAAACAAAUAAAACAAGAAAAACCUAAUAAAAAUAAAUAGAUGAAACUAAAAGCAAAAUAAAAAGAAUACAAAUAGCAAAAGAAUGAAUCAGAUAAAUAAAAUAAAUACAAAAAUAAAAAUUAACAUUAAAUCAAACCAAUUAAGACAUAACCUUUGCUAUUCAUCUAUGCUGCUUCAUUUAGUAUUUUUCAUUGA